AUGAAUCAAAGGAGAGCAAAAGUGAGGAAGAAAACGUUCGCUAAAGAUUUAUGGAGAAGAAGACAAAGGAAGAAAAGAGCCACCGCAGGAGCUUUGCUUGUUUACGAUGUGAGUAAAAGGCACACUUUCGAGCCGCUGUCGAGUUGGCUUGAAGAUAUACUGCAACAACGCGACACGACAGUAAUAGUGGUGGGGAACAAGUGUGAUGCCGGAGAAAUUAUUAGGACUGUUAGUGCAGAGGGAGGCGAGGAAUUCGCGAAGAGUAAUGGAUGUUUGUUUAUGGAAGCUUCUGCUAAAACGGCGGUGAAUGUGGCGGCGGCGUUUGAUAAGACGGCGGAGAAAAUAUAUGAGAAGAUGGGAUACGGGGAUGUUGAGGAGGUGGAUGAAGCUCUGGGAAUUAAUAUUUGGAAUUGGAAAGGGUUUAGGAUUGGAAAGAACACAGGGGUGAAGUAUAUUUUGCGGGGAUGGGGGAAGUGGGUCUGA